UAAAUAAUUUACUAUGAUGCUAAUUUCUCUUCUAGAAUUGUUUUCUGUGCCAAAUAUAACAGCCAGUUCAGAUCCGGUAACUGAAGGAGCAGAAAUGUCAUUGGAUUGUGUGAUCAAAGGCAGCCAACAGAAAGGAACUUCUUCAGGGAGAUUACAGUUUGCUUUCUAUAGAGACGGCCGGGUGCUGCAAAACUUCACAACAUUCAGUACUUACCAAGUUUUCCCAGUUCAAAUGAAGGAUUCUGGGGAAUAUUCCUGUGAAGUGAGAACCUCUACCAAUGGUGAAACAAAGAUGAGCAAUACAGUAUCAAUCCGCAUACAAGAGCUAUUCUCUAGCCCAGAAAUAAAAGUGACCCCACACACAGUGACGCCUGGGGAAAAUCUGUCUAUAAAAUGCAGCACAGUCAGCAAGUCGGACACAACUAAACUUCGAUUUAGAUUUUACAAAGACAACGUUCUGGUGCAGAAUGAGAAUUUAUCCAAUAAUUAUUAUGUUAAAUCAGUUCAGCUAAAGGAUUCUGGGAAUUAUUCUUGUGAUGCCCGUAUAAAUGGCACAGUGAAGACAAGUAGAGAAAUCCGUAUCGAAGUACAAGCAGUUUUUGCAAGUAAUGACACCGGCACAAAUUCAACCAGUAUAGAAGAUGUGCCACAGAACGACGUACAUCUAAUAGUUUUGGUUCCACUCAUCCUACUACUCGUUGUGGUUGCUCUUCUGAUAAAGUACAAGCACAAACUAUUAGCUGUGUUCACAACCACAUAUCGGUCUCAUCCAGGUCCUGCCACAGAUCUGUUAGUUGAGACAGACCCAUAUUACUCCUUUAUUGAAUUCUCCUCCAUUCAGAAAGAUCCGGUAAUUCAAACCACUAACACUGACGUGACAUAUACACAGGUAAAAGCCUGAAUGCUCUUUGUUCCACCAAACCAGACACAUGCAACUCUAGACAUAGCUAAGGAACAUUCCAGUCUAACUGAUUCUAAGAACUGGAAAAGUAAACUGGAUCAUCUGUAUUGCUAUUUCGGAUUCUGGAUUCAUUGCUAAAUUACAAUUUGUCAGAAAUGUCUUCACACGGAGCACCAGUGGAGCCAUUAAAACUAUUUCAUUAUCUUAAAAUAACAUGAAGCACAGACAAAGUCUACUCAACACGUUUCGUGGCUACAAUUUGGCAGGACAAAAAUCCUUGGGUUUUUCCAAUAUGUGUAGAAUACCAGUUGAAAGGGAUAAAACCCAACCCUGAAUCUUGUACAGUUUGACUUCACUGAUUGCAAUUAAUUCAAUGGAAGGAAGCAAAGCAGCAGAAUGAAAAGUUCUUCAGAAACCAGCAAGACCUUGGGCCAAUGCUUUUGCUAUUGUAGACAGUUUGGAGAAUGAUGUUAAUCCUCAUAGGAUAAUAUUUUGCAAUUUUACUAGAAUCUGUGUGUGUUCAGUAUGUACUACUCCAACAUUUUAAGGCAAAAACAACAAAAGAACUCAAAUAGAAAUCAGUGAAAGGCAGCAGAUCAGGCAGGUAGACAACUGAAGGCAGGGCAGGAGGUCUCAUAGCAGCACAGGAGUGAGGGCUGUAGUAGAAUACCCAAACAGCAGACAUGUACAUCAAGUAUAGGAGUUAUAGUAUGAAAUCAUGCAAACAGGGUCUUAACUGGAAAAAAAGGUAAUUCUGUAAAACAGAAACAACACUAAGGGGCCGAUUCACUAACUUCGAGUGAAGGAUUCGAAGGUAAAA